AGAAACAGGGCUACUAUGCAGUUUAUACUGACAUUUAAACAUUGUAAACCUUUACUCUGUUAUUGUCUAAAACUCAGUUUAGUGUAUUUUACCGUCGAAACAGUGUUUGACAUCUCCGGCGAUUAGAAAUGGCUGUUCAGAGCAGUUUCUAGACCCUUUGGGCAUCGGAGCAAUCAUGGACAAAGUGGAGGUUUUAGAGGUUGUGAGAGUCACAGAAGAGGUGGAGACCACCUACAGUCCAGCAGAGGCGACUACCCCCAAAAAGAGGAAGGGCAAAGCUCAGGAAGAAAGUGUUGAUAAGCCCAAAAAGCCCAGAUCUGCCUACUUGCUUUACUACUUUGAUGUUCACCAUCUUAUGCAAGCUGGAAACCCAAAUAUGCCGCAGUCAGAGGUCAACAGACGGAUCAGUGAGAGCUGGAAACGACUCAGUGUUGCUGAGAAAAGCUACUAUCUUGAGAAAGCCAAGUUAGAGAAGGAGGGUAUAGAUACAUUGUCUCUCAGCCCCUGCAAACACCUGCCAGGCUUUCGCAAAAUCUUACCCAGAGCCAACUGCUUUAUUGUUCCCAAAAGCAGCUCCUCAACUCACCAGCCAGGAGCUUCUCUGUCAGAAGUAACCGUUGAAUCUCUGGACAUUUCAGUUGAAGGAGGCGUGCAGUCGGUCUCCUUUAACCAGGACUCCCAGUUCACACCUCUCAGCUUGGUGGAAGAAGUGGAAGUUAUGGAGGACCACAUUGUUGUCGGUGAUGUUGCAGAGGAGAUGGCAGUGGCGUCUUCUUCACUCGCCCUUCAAGGAAUUCCAGCUUCCUCUUCGUUCAAAACCGCAUCCUUCAUCCCUUCAUCUCCUGUAUCUCAGGGCUCUGCUGACUAUAUAGUGAAUGGUGUCACACUGAAAGGAAAUGAAACACGAGUUACAAGUAAUUGUUACAGCGGGGCUUUAGUGCAGUCAACACAAGAGGAAACUACACAGGUGAUGGCCAUAGUACCAAGCCAGAACCCUCUGGAACCUAAACCAGCUGAUGGCUCUUUGCAUCCAGUGAUGAUGUUCUCAUUUGGAGGCAAAUCCGAACAAAGUGUUAAACCUUCCUAUAAAAUGUCUGUGAAGACAUAUACCAGGAGAGGUCGAGGGAGGUGUCUAAAUCCUGGCUGUUCAUUUAUGUACGUCACCCGCCACAAGCCGCCGACGUGUCCUGAAUGUGGGAGCCACCUGGGUGGAAAAUGGAUACCUGCUGCUAAAAGGACACAAGAGACGGAGGCUGCAUCCAAGCAGUCGCCACAGACAGCUGAAACCGAGCAGAAUGAAAGCUGCGAAGCGGCGCCGCCUCUUGCUCAGGAGGGGGGAGCUGAUAUCCAGAAACCAAACACCACUGGGAGCGACAAAAAAGGUCAAGCUCAGCGAUGCUCCAGAAAGAAGCAGGAAGCCUCGUCUAAGCGGCCACUAGAUGGCAGCAGCACCAAACCUCAGACUGAAUCAAACAGAAAAGUGAAAGACAAUCCCAAAGGUAAAACGAUUCAGAACCGGAGCACUGCUGUUGUGCAGAGGAGGCCCGUGAGACCCAUCCUUCCUGCCUUCUGUAAAACAGGUGGAGCUUUGAUUCAGAUUGUAACCGUCCCUCCUGACAAAGGAAAAUUUCAAGCUGUAAACUACAAUAAGUCAUCAGCCGAACCUCGAGAGAGUUUCUCAGGUCUCAAACCCAACACUUUGAAGCAGCUCGGUCAGGCCAUCCCUGCAUCCACAAUGAACCAGGAUUGUUCUGCCCCGUCAGACAGAAACCAUCCAGUUUCUUCACUGACUGAUAAGAGACUGAAUGUCUUGUCACUAGUGCCUUUCAAACAAAAUGCCACUUCGAGCUUUGACCUGGGUUUGUCCACAGCACGAGGCAGAGGUCGCUGUAAGAACCCAUCCUGUGACUACAUGUAUAAGAACAGACACAAACCUGCAGUGUGUCCAAAGUGUGGCUGUGAGCUCACCCAGAAGAAAGAUAGAGAUUCAAAGUCUAUGACUUUGCUUGACCCAUAUCAAGCUCUAAGUCCUGCCCAGAUGGACGUCCAGCGCCAAAGUACUCUGCAACUGCUGCGCCAUUCCCUGCAGAUUCCCGAGAGUGAAACUGAGCUUCAGGAAACACUUAACCUCAUCCAUGAGCUAAACACUCUUAAGAUGGUCUUGGUUGAAGAGGCUGAUCUGGAACAGAAAAAUCACGCCUCGCAAGAGACCCUGUUGGAGUCUGGGUGGCCGCGGUUCUACGAAUCAGAAGCGACUCGCUGCGGCCUGUGUUGCUCCCCUCUCUUCAAAGGAGACCAGAAUACUGUCGCAGGACAGGAGGACUGCUGUUUGCUCACCGAGACUCUGAUGCAGACAGCUUCUCUCCAGCUCAAGAUGUGCCUCAACGUUCAGUGUUUGGCCCUGCACAGCUUCACUGACCUGCAUCCUGGUUUGUUCAACGUCGGGAACAGACUGCUGAUAAGCAUCGACCUGUUCCUGAAGAUCAGGGCCAACAUCAGACUGGGCCAGUCCCCCGCUCAGGCAGCCAGGACUGUAUUUGACAACAUCCCAAGUCAUCCAGUCCUUGCUCUUAGUCCAGAGGAAUCGUCUCAAAUCCAAGAGCUUCUGCUGAGUGGUUACUGGGCUUUUGAGUGUCUGACAGUGCGAGAUUACAACGACAUGAUCUGCGGCAUUUGUGGCAUUGCUCCCAAACUGGAGAUUGCACAGAGGAACUCAAACAACGUCCUGGAGCUCAAAAAUGUGGAGUUUACCUGGCCAGAGUGUUCGAUCUCAGACGAGGUGCAUGUGGAUGACUUCUGGUUGACGAUGGAGAGCGAAGCCAUCGAGCAAGCAGCUUUCCCUGCAGACAUUCCCAUCACCCGGGUGGAUGCUUCCAUCAUCGCUCCUUUUGCUCCGCCUCUGAUGAGGAACUCCAUAGUUAUCAACACAGAGAAGGACAAAGUCCAGUCAGAAAUACAGCAGCCUUCAGGAGAUCCAUCGGUUUUGGUCCGUCUCAUUCACGACGGUCAGCUGAGACUGGACAAGAUUGAGGAUCAUAAUGAGGACGAGUUGAGAACGAUGCUGGACCGCUGCGGGGCGAGUCUCCCUCUGGGUGCCACCAAGAAUGAGCUGCUGGCCUCUCUUAUCAACUUGUACACGCUUGUUCAUAGCGGCCUCCCUACCGCCCCGCAACCCCCUGCUCACCUCACUGCUGGCAAGCUCUCCAAGAUCUGCCCGCAUAAGGUGGUGUGUUCCUCAAAGUACUUAGUCAGAGGAGAGACGGCCCGAGACCACGUGGACCUGCUGGUGUCAUCUCGCUACUGGCCUCCAGUUUAUCUCUGCGACAGCGUGCGUCAGGUGGCACUUUGUGCUGACCUGCAGUACCCGGAGCUGGCAGUGCAGAUGUGGGGCAGGAACCAAGGCUGCUUCUCGGACCCUUUUGAAAAGCCAGAGUUUGUGUCAUGUCCUGAGCUGCAAGACCAGCCGUACAGCGCCGAGCUGUCCCUGGCAGCAGAGAACCAGCAGGUCCACCCCAUCACCAAGCGUUCUUCUUGUUGGAUGCUUCAUCCUCCCGGAGCAGCGCAGGAGCCCGCUGCUCCAGAGCACCACUCCAUGCUGCUCUGCAGAGACCUGGAGCCUUACGUCAGUGUGGUGGCGGAGCUCGUGACCAAGAAGAAGGAGGAGGAGAACGAGGCAGCCGGGAAGGACUCUGAGGACAGUUCAUCACCCAUGGUUUUCAAUAACACCGCCUAUUACUACCUGCACAACCGUUUGGUGGAUUUCCUCACGAGCAGAGACAUUGUAAGCCAGCAGAUCAGUCAGGUUGUGAAGGCCUGUCAGCCUGGAGAGGUGGUGAUCAGGGAUACCUUGUACCGACUGGGAGUGGCACAGAUCAACACGGAGAGGGAUGACAAUGAUCCGACAGUUGAUUAAAAACGUUCAAGUUGGGCAUAUCGACAGGCAGGCUGUAGAAAUGAAGGGUGCUGGACAACAGAGACAGCUAUGAAAGAAAAGAAGGUGCCAUAACAACAAGGGUUUUUGGAAGUAAAAUAGGAUAUCGGUCAUGGAUUACUGAUAACAGGUUUUACAGAAGCGAGUUGAGAGAAGAAUGUGGAGUGGUAUAUAACAAACAUUCAGAGGGUUCACAGGAAGAGGAAUUUUAUUUUUAGAUCUUUUAUGAGAAAAUAUUUCAACUGCUUUAACUAAUCUUAAUGCCAAGAAUUAAAGCAUCUGAAGUAUAUGUCAAAACCAUCUAGACUGGAUGUUUGUUUUGCCAAUUCUUUAAAAAAAAUAUAUUUUUAGCAAAAAAUGGCAACAAAAAAGUCAGUGUGUGUACAACUUGAGUCCAAAGCCUAAAGAGUUUUUGUCUGACUGAAAAAAUGUAAACAGCGUUUUAUUAACUCGGCUUCUUCAAACCUUAAUGUAAAUAUUUAAAAAAUUAUGACGUAAUUAUUACAAUGGUUUAAUUUUAUGGGGCCUUUUUUCAGUAUGACACGUUGGAUCAGUAGUUUUGCUUCAUGUGAAUCAAGCUGUUGGGAAAAAGACGAGCAAAGAGAUUUCCUUAAGCGUUUGUUGUGGGAGAUCAUCAGCUUUGCAUUUGAUAUCAAAUAAUCGGCCAACACGGACACUCCAAGCGGAUUCAUUGUUGGGUAUUUGCUCUUCUUGGCAGAGUUGAAAGAAAUGUGUAAACUUCGUGUUGGUCAGCACUAAGCCAACAAAACAACUACAGGGAUUACAAAAAGUGAGUUGAGAACUAUUCAAUGCAGCCCUGCCAUAGACCCCCAGCUGUUGGGAUAGACCCCAGCAGGGCCGCCCUGACUCUGAAGAGGAACGAGGCGGAGAUAGAUAAUCAGAACCUAAAUAUUUUUGUUAUUAUUGUAUGUGCCACAUACAACAAAAUUAUAAUAUCUCCGUCAGAAGAACUGCAACAUUUGCACACAUUCACACUCCCUCUCUCCUUAGCCCACCCAUAUAUUUCACAUUCACAUAGGCCUCUGCAGACCUUCACUCCACACUUGCCCACAUCUGUUUAAAUACUUGAAAAUAAACAAUAAGAACAAUAAAAACAAGUAAGAACAGGCCUGGAAUAGAUUAUGAACCCGUGUGAAGUGGCUUGUGACAAAUAUUAAGCGGUUGUGGCUUUCAGUCCAGAGUGACGCUACCUUGUUAUGAUGUCACGGGGGAGAAGUGACAGGGUGAAGAAAUGGCUAGAUAAAAACUUUCCCUGAACCCGGCAGUCCCUGCCUUUAUUGAUCUCUAUUGUUUUACAGAGAACAGCAAAGUAAACAAGUGCCGGAAAGUAUAUGCACUGUCUUUCCCAAUGUUAUGCCCCUAAUGGGGCACUUGGACAGUUAAAUGUCCUCCAGACGGAUCAAGGGAAGACCAAUGAUGCCCUGGGCAGUUUUUAUUGCCCUCUGGAGGGCUGCUCUACCAGCUGCAGUGCAGUUCUCAAAACAAGCAGUUAUGCAGGAUGUUAAUAUGCUUUCUACCGAGCAGAAAGACAGAUGCAGACAGAUUCCUUUAGUGUUCUGUUGAAGUUAAGUUUCUGUUGAGCCUUUAUUUUUCAGCAGCAGCAGAGUCUCACGGUCUGUGGGCGUUCACUGAGGAGGUCCAAUAUGCAUCAGCACACCUGACUGCUGAGGCCAGCAUUUCCAGCAUUUUAGUGACCAGCUUGCUGCAUCCCGACACAAGCUCUAGGUGUUUUAGUGCAGCGUGCAGGGCUGUGUUUCGGCUGUCCAGUGUAGAUCUAUUAGCUGUGCAUCCUUACUGGUGUGUGUUGAAUGAGGGGGGAAGAGAUGAUUUGAGGUGACCUUGGACCAGUCUUGCAAAGCACUUGGAGACUGGCCGGUAGUCAUUGAGAGAGAUGUCUGUUUGUGCCCCCGGAGGAUGGUGGAGGAUUUCAGGUUCUUUCACCCCCUCUCAAAUUGAGGAAAAAUAAACCUUCUCUGCCAGUAAUGUACUGUGUUUUCUGGACUAUAAGCCGCACCUGCAUAUAAGCCGCAUCCGCUCUAUUUAAAAAAAAAGAUAUGCAAGCGCAGAUAUUUAUGUUGUUAACUGUAAAUGAUGUACAUGUAUGUACCUAAAUAGAUCCUUUUCUAACAGUGUCUUUUAACACGGCAGCAACUUUGCUGAUUAAAAUGAGACAGAACCAAGAGAAAAUAACCGGUAUUUAUUUAUAUAUUUAUCUGUUUGAAAUCUGCUUCUACCUACUUCUAUCUGCUAAAGAAGAAGUACCGUAUUCUUCUUUGCAUUUAUUUUGUCUUAGUUUGAUUCUAAUUCCGGUUAGAGCGGCCCGAGCGGUGGAAGAAAAAUCCACAUAAUAGCCGCACCUUUGUAUAAGCCGCAUGGUUGAAAACCUAUGAAAAAAGUAGCGGCUUAUAGUCCAGAAAAUACGGUAUUAGCAUCCCUGCUUCACCUUAUGUUUGUCAAUUGCUGUUUUCCCUCCUACAAGUCUGCUGGGGGUAAAAUGGACCUCCAUCUUCUCCUUGUAGGACAGGUCAAGCUGAUUUGAUGUCCCACUUAAGGUUAAGUCUGGUGAACCCCAACAUGUUCUGCUCUUUUCCUUUGAUCCUCUGCCACCUUUGUCAUUCAUGGAUUUCUGUUUGGAAAGAUGCAGAUGCACUUAUUGUACAGCAUCUAGUGUAAAAGAGUGCUGCUGCUGCUGCUGCUGCUGCUGCUGCUGCUGCUGCUGCUGCUGCUGCUGUGUAUUCUUCUAGGUCCUCCACCCCCCUCUGUGCUCUGAAAACAGUCCUCCAGUUGUACGGUUGUACCCUCUGACCAAGUUUAAAAAAUUCUAGUAGUGGUUCUGUGCCUUCUGCUGAUGGGAUGUAGCCUGGGAUUAGAAACAAUUGCUGGUGAUGCUGGUGUCCAAGUGUGGGAGGGGGAUGAAACACUCCAACGCAUCGUUAAAACCUGGAAGGAUAGUGGUGAACCAUCAUCUUCAAAGAAGAAAUGUGGUGGGAAGGAAAGAAAUCUUUUAUGGCCAUGAAAACAUUGCUUAAACAUUUGGUAAAAUCUUCUCAAAGGAAAUAAACAGUUUGGUUUAAUAGUGGAAGAACAGGCUUUUCCACUACCACGAUAUGAAGAGAACUCAACGUACUGUGACACAACAGCUGUGUAGCCUUAACAAAACCGCUUAUCAGUGAGACUAACCAAAAAAAAUCUCUACAAUUUGCCAAGGACCAUAAAGAUUAGACUGUAAUGCAAAAAGGUCUUGUGGUCUGCUGCGUUCAGAUGUGCCCUGUUCCAGAGCAAUGGGGGCAUCGGGGCAAGGAGAGUGGUGCGGGAAGCCACCAGGCUAAGACAGGCUACGUUUCCUCAACCCAUCCUUGGGUUGGGAUCUGUGGGUUCUUCAAUCAGGCUCAGUAACAUUAUCUAGCUAAAAAAAAUAAUGGGGUCCCUUGACAAUCUGAAUUCACCAGAGUGACCAGUUUUUCUCUCCCCUGAUUGCGUAGUCAUAUUACAGGGAUGACAAUGCCCGGAUUCAUCUGGCUCAAAUUAUGAAAGAGCGAUUCAGGGAGCAGGAGACAUCGUUUUCACACGAGUUUAGAGAGUGAGGCGUUAAGAUGUGCUGGAGAACACUUAACAGACCAACUCUCCCAUUAUGAGUGAAAAAUCGUUGCAGCUCUGGAUGGAAGUUAGUGUUGUUACGCAGCAUAAGCUGGUUGCACAGUGAAUGUGGGCUGGAAUGAGAAGUCAAGGUUGUGGAACACAAUAUUAGUGUGUGUGUGAUUUUUAACCUUGCAGUGUAAUAUAUAUAUAUAUGUUUCUACUGUAUAUGUAUUUAUCACUAUUGUUGUGACAUAAACAGUGACAAAGUUUAUCUUCAGCAACAAUUAAAGUGUGUAUAUGAUUGUAUCUUAUUUUUUAUUCUUUUUGGGGGAGGGGUUGAGAUCAACCACACAUUUGUACGUGCGUUAUACUUUAUUACAACUCUGAACAAACAAAGGUUAAAAAAAAUGUGCCUGAUUUCCGCCGCCUUUUCAGCCAUGAAUGGAUGCAGAAGCGCGCCUGCAUAUUCAUUUAAAUAUAAAAACUCACUGUGUCAUCCAUCCAUCGGACUGUCUCA